GAGAACCGGCUCCAGCGCACCGUCGCUCGGCUUCAUUGUUUACAAAACACCGCGUCGACCAGCGGCUCCACGGAAGCGUUUAUUAUUUUUAAUAAUUAUAAUAAUAUAAACACUUCGGACCGCGGUUUGUUUUUGGGGUUUUAUUUCCCCCCUGGAGCGGCUCUUUUCUUUUGAUCCGGAUGAAAGGAUCUUUACCGCAUUGUUCUGCUUGUGCAACGUGGACCGGGAGCUGCGCGCGGGAGACUCGGAGGGUCGGACUACCGGAAUAAAAACCACCGAAGAAGAAGAAGAACAGGUCGUGGACUCUCAGAGAGGAAUGCUGCUGUCCAAGCUCAACUCUCUGGCCCACAUCUCCGCCGUGGACAUGCCGGUGAAAAUACAGCUCCAAGGGAAGGAGCCCUUCGAGAAGCUCUACCAGGUCGGCGGGGUGCUGGGGAGCGGCGGCUUCGGCACCGUCUAUACCGGCACCAGGACCACCGACGGAGCUCCGGUCGCGGUCAAACAUGUGGCCAAGGACCGGGUGUCCGAGUGGGGGGAGCUGCCCAAUGGCUCCCGGGUGCCGAUGGAGAUCGUGCUGCUGAAGAAGGUCUCCACGGGGUUCCGCGGCGUCAUCAAGAUGCUGGACUGGUUCGAGCGGCCGGACAGCUUCAUCAUCGUGAUGGAGCGGCCGGAGAACGUCAAGGACCUGUUCGACUUCAUCACGGAGAAGGGCGCGCUGCCCGAGGAGCUCGCGCGCAGCUUCUUCCGCCAGGUGCUGGAGGCCGUGCGCCACUGCACCGGCUGCGGGGUGGUGCACCGCGACAUCAAGGACGAGAACAUCCUCAUCGACCUGCGCACCGGCGAGAUGAAGCUCAUCGACUUCGGCUCCGGGGCCCUGCUGAAGGACACCAUCUACACCGACUUUGACGGCACCCGAGUGUACAGCCCACCGGAGUGGAUCAAGUACCACCGGUACCACGGCCGCUCGGCCACCGUGUGGUCGCUCGGCGUAUUGCUGUACGACAUGGUGUGCGGAGACAUCCCGUUCGAGCACGACGAGGAGAUCACGCGAGGCCAGGUCCUCUUCCGGAGGAGAGUCUCCACAGAAUGCCAGCAGCUGAUCAGCUGGUGUCUGUCGCUGCGGCCGGCCGACCGCCCGUCCUUCGAGGACAUCGUGAACCACUCGUGGAUGCAGAGCACCUCCUCCUCCUCUUCCUCCUCCUCCAUGGUCACUUCCCUGCUGCAGAUGGAGAAGACCACCGCGGAGAUCCGGCUGCACAGCAUCGGCAUCGAGACCACGGCGGCCCCCCUGCUGGCCGUGGCCCGCUGAGGGACGAGAGGACGGAACGUUUGAUUCAGAUCCUGAGACCGCUACACGGAAAGAGACUUAUGUAACGGACUCGAAGCAAGAGGGGGGGGAGGGGCGACACCCAGGCCCCCCGGACCCUCUCGCCGCCUCCCGGCUACUUGAUGUCCCCCCCGAGUCCCUCGGGUGGUCGUCGGCCUGUAGCGGCGCUCCGCAUCGCCUGCGUCGAGCGAAAAAAAGACACGAGCGCGAGCUCGCCGCCGCGAACCAGCAAGCGAGCGGCGUGCCAGCAGCGUGCCCCCCUCCCACGACCUUUCAAGUGCCUUCUGUGAGAUUGUUGCGGGAGGAGGAGGAGGAGGGGGGGAGACCCUGAACAAACUUGAAUUCGUGAGAGCCGAACAGCUCGUCACUGUACAAGGCUUUAUAUUGUUGUUUUUGUCACUUAGUUGCUCUCACGGGCCAAUCGGUGAAGCCCGUGUACGGGCCAAUCGGUGAAGCCCGUGUGUCCUUUACAACCACUUCUCUCCUCCAGUGUCACGGCGACCUCAUUGGCUGUGUGCAAACAAGUUGUAAACAAGGAACCACUGGACUUACCUCACUCUGUUUGUUUACUACAGCGCGUGCAGCAACCUCUCUCGUACACAGCCGAGAGGUACGGAGGCACCCUGAACGCACCGCAAUGCAAAAACCACACCGAAACGCAGCACCCUGUGCUCGUCUUCUCUGUGUGUGUUUUUUAAACAGUGCCUCACGCGGGUCUUAAAAUAAUAUUGUAAAUACAGAUAUUUAUUAUUGCCGUGUUUUUUUGGGGGUUUUUUUUCAACACAUCGACAAACGCAGAAUAUAUUUAUUUUUUAUUUAUGAGAUUAUUUUUCCGGCUGCUCGUGCGCAUCUCAUUCCACGGUCUCUGAAGGGUCCAACUAAUUAUUUUUUUAAAUACCUUCUCUUUUUUAACACCCCCCGACCAGAUUUAUUUAUGGCUCGAGAAUAUUUUCAGAUUUUUGUUUUUUAAGGAGCAGAUGUGUGAGUGUGUGUGUGUGUGUGUGUGAGUGUUCUGAAUGAGUAAACUCCUGCUUUCACGAUUACAGAGUGGAUUUUUUUCCUCCUUCAUCCGUUCAAGUUAUGAUUGUAAAUUCUGUUCAAAAAUAUUUUUAUACUAUUUCAAUAAAUAUUUUUUUAAACGAU